ACGCUCCGGUUUUGUCUGGCCUGUCGUGGUAGUGGUGUCUUUCGUCUCAGACCUGGAUAACCCGUCUAUUAGGGUCUCUUGGGUCGAGCUAUUGCUAUUACUGCGAUAGACGCUAUUCAGCACGGCGGCCGAGGCCGCAGCGUGGCCGCGAAAUCUCAACUGUUAUCACCCGCGCUAUCAAAACUCCCAUCCACACUCUUACAGUCGCGUUUUCCGUCUCAGCGUCGUGUCUGCCGGUCAUAAAGCCGAAUCAUCGAUAUAGACCUUUUCUGUUCUUCGCUCUAGCUUUUUCUCCCAACGUGCUUGUCGUGAACAGUUCUCCGACAACUUCACACCGACUCUUCUUCGGAAGACGUUUCGAGUUUUGCGCUUUGCCUCCAUCUACAAUCAUUCAUUUUCCUUGUCUCGAAGGGAGCAUGCCGCCUGUGAACGUAUCCGCCUCUCCAAAAUUUGCAGGCUGCGAGCCGUUUAUUGUUGAUAGCGAUAUGGGAAGUCUGGACGAGGAGGGCGAUCUCCGCUGCUUUGACCCUUCUGUGCUGGAGGUUUCAGGACCCAAUACUGUCCAUGACUUCGAGGAUCUCUUUAUUCGCCCAUCUAGUUCCGCACAGAUGUCCGAUGCAAUGUCGUGCAUGUCGGAUUUGACUUCAAAGGCAACUACCCAUCGUCAUCCGCCUGCCGCCGAAUCUAGAUUAUCGCCGUCAGACUCUCGGUCAGAAUCCCCUGGAGAAUCGAGUAACGGAUCCUCAGCGAAUUCACCGCUUGGCCAUACUCGAAACCUCUCCUUGUUUUCCAACCCCUCGGAAGCCUUCAGCCCCGGAAGCGUCGGAACUGAUCAGUUUCUACCGACGUGGCCAAACUCUCACGAUUACUCGCUUGCCGAAGAAAGUUUUGUCGCACAAGAUGGGAGGUCACUGUCGGUCAAAGAAGAAUACGCUACUGAAACAGAUAUUGAAAUGAGUAAUAAAGCGAUGGAUUCUGCAUUUGAUUUUGAAAGUGCUGCGAGCAGCCCCAGCCCUUUGGCAUCGCGAGCCGCUUCGGAGAAGCGGAAUACUGACUUGUCCAAAGAGGCUCUCAAUACUUCAAACCUGGCUAAGGUGGAAAGUAGCCAGAAUCCGUCUUACCCAGUGCAAAACGUGUCUCCACUAAUCUUCCAGCGCACCGCUGAUUUAUAUUCUACGUUCCCCAAGUCGACAAAUGGGCUUAAAUUUUGGAAUAACACCUCUUCCCCUGAUCUCGAUGGAGGACUGGGCGCCAUCGCCAUGAACGGCACAUCACCGUUACAUGCCACUCUCGCGCCCAGCCUAAAUUUCAAGUCAUAUCCGUCGCCCUUCGAAUCCACGCCGUAUCACCCCGCCGUAGUCUUCCCCAUGAGUGACGCAAAUGCCAUGUUUCAUCCGUCGUUUGGUUUCGAGAAUUAUAUUCCACCACGCCUGAUAGUUCAUCCUACCGCCCUAAAGUCCCGUGUUGAGACCCAAAUACCGAUCAAACUGACCUUGUAUCCCAUGCCUUCUGGGGUGAAGAAACUGCGUCUUCCAACUUAUACAAUAUCGAAACCAAAGUUCUUUGCGAAGCCUGACACACCACGCUCACCCGAUGUCUUCGAGUUGAGCGUCAGUCUUGUCUGCACAAGUGCAAUGCAGGACAAGAAAAAACGGGAAAGAGCUUUUGCCAGAGCACGCGGUGAACAAUUGCCCUCUCAAUCAUCCAUGAGAGAAGAUGGCUCAGAAGACUCCCAAGAAGAAGAUAACACGCCCCUCAAGGGGGGUGAGGUGAAGAUUUGUGCUGGCUGUAUUCAGAGAGAACGCAAAAGAGCCUCACGAAAGAAGCAGAAAAAGCCAGAGGAGGAUGAGCUAUUUCAGAAAGAGGAAGACAAGCGAGUGAUCGUAUUUAAUACAACCGAGAUGAAAGAUUGGGUGGACCCUCCAAGAAUAACUUCAUCGAGUGGCGCUGAGGCAUCUACCCCUCCGGCCCCUCUUGGAUCUAUGCAAGUUGAAUUGCCCAUGCGAAUUGCUUGCUAUUGCCGACAUCAAGGGGAAAAGAUGGGAUUUCAGGUGAUUUUUACCAUCAAAGACUAUCUAGGCAACCUUAUCGCUCAAGAAAUGACGAACUCCAUAAUGAUCACCGAUGACCAUAAGACCCAUACACCUUCGAACCAAACUUCCGCGAGUUCUACUCCACCGGAGAACCCAGUUGCAAAUGCCAGACUUUUCCCAUCAAACGCGCCUGUUGAUAUGGGAAAGCAAUUCAUCCACCAGGCGCCCUUCAAAUUAUCUCACUCUGCCACAGAUCUACAGGCCCUGCGCAAGCAACAGCAUCCCUUAACUCCUGGUAAUUUUAGCCAGUCACAAAGCCCGUCUGGAACGAGUGGUGUCGCCGCUCCGCGUGGCGUUUCGCGGCAGGCUCCCUCAAGGGACUUGCCUGGCCCUUUGGCAAAGCGAAGAAAACAAAAUAGCCCUGGCAAAAUCCCCAGCGGUCUUGCUAUGACCAAAGUCGAGUCCGCUUCAAAUUCAGCAACCCAAAAACCCAAGCAGGCCGCUACCGGGCCGUCUUCACAAGCCACUCCACCUCAAAUGGAACAACCUUUUGUUAUGCCUUCUUCUAUGGUAACUCAGUUUGGAAAUGGCCCGCCAACACCGAUCACCACCGAUUCAAACUUUUUCAGCCCUAGAGAUAGACCUCAAACGCUUGAAAAUCUUCCUCAACAGUCGCUUCUGUCUGCACCCAGUUCAGCUCACCCAAGUCGUCCCGGUACUCCUGGAAGCUCCUCUCGAAACGCAGCAACAGAACAAGUAGUUAAUGGUGCCUCUAAUCCUGCUACUCAAACGCCCAUUUGGAAUAUUCCGCCAAACUUGCCUCAGCAAAUGCCCCCAAUGAUCCAUAAGCUUGUUCCCGCAGAAGGUUCAACUACAGGAGGUAGCGAAGUGACUUUGUUGGGCAGUGGUUUCUAUCCUGGAAUGGAGGUUGUCUUUGGAGACACUUUAGCUACAACUACUACAUUCUGGGGAGACAAGUGUUUGAAUUGCCUCACGCCACCAGCUUUACAACCUGGGACCGUGCCGGUUGUGUUCAAGCAUGAGCAUCCACGUUUUGGCCAGGUUCAACAAACGCCGCCAAUUAUACCAAAGCAGCAGACCUUCUUCCGCUAUGUUGACGAUCGAGAACUACAAAUGUACCGCGUCGCUUUGGGUAUUUUGGGUCAAAAACUUAGAAACCCCGCAGAUGCCUAUAGAACUGCCCAGCAGAUUAUGGGAGGAGACCCGAAUACUUUGUGGAAUAUUCAGAAUGGUUUCCAGAGUGGACAACAAAGAGGUGGCAGCAACAACUGUAAUAUGACAGAACUAGAUGCAAAAAUGCUUGUAUACCUUGAGUUCAUGGAUCUUGACGAUACACCGGGUGCACCAAAGUUCAAUAUGCGAUCACCAGCUGGACAAACCCUUUUGCACUUUGCUGCUUCGUUGGGAUUGACCCGAUUUGCCGCGGGGCUCCUUGCAAGAGGCGCCAAUCCAGACGUUCAAGAUAACAACGGAAAUACGCCUUUACAUCUGGCAGCAAUCAGCGGACAUACUCACAUUGUUCAUCGUUUGCGGCUAUCCGGUGCCAAUGUUGCUGCACGGAACCUGCGCGAUUUUACAUCAGCGGACCUUGCAUCCUCAUUGGAGGUACAUCAGGCUGUUCUUAUCCCUUCACGACACUACCGGUCAAGAAGUGUCGGCUCGACUCCAUCAUUGCGCCGCCGGCUCAGCUCUGGCUCUCUUAAUGACUUUUGGGAAUCUGCUUCUUCUGACGAAGCGGGUGAAAUCUCUACAGAUCUCUCGGAAUCCUCGGAUGACGCCGUUGAGAGUAACAAUGAUAAUGCAGAUUCGCCGUUUUACCAACCGGUUUCCAGACGCCAAAGCGCGGUUCUUCAGAAUCAACCUGGAUACUUUAUGGCUGGCCCUAGUGAGAGUAUCCUUCAAACUUCAGAAGCUGUGACUGCUGGUGAAACCGAAGGGAAUGUAGCUGGAAGGGGCUUUUCACCGCCGGCCGCACUGGUUGCCUGGCGUGAUCAGCUUGCCACUCAAAUCAACCAGUUUCAGCAAAGCGUGAACCGAGCUUUCCCGAAUUUGCCAGCAUUGCCUCCCAUGCCUACAUUGCCUGGUUUACCAGAUUAUCAAGCCUAUCCUAUGAUACAGCGCAUUAGUUCUCUUGUUCCCCACCGACCAGCCACAUCAUGGUCUACAAAUUUAAUGAAAGAUGGCUGGGAUCGGUUGACAGGCAAUUCGUCUCCACCCGCGUAUGAUGAAUUAUACCCGGUCAAGGAAGCCAGUGAAGAUCAGGAGGUUAAGAAAUCGUCUAUAGUUGAAGCUGCACUUGAUGCCGCUGUUGAUCAGCAUUUCGAAGCGCAGCUUAAAGCUUCCUCCUCAUCAUCAUCUUCUUCUUCCACAGCCACAGAGGUUAAAGAAGACAUCGGUGAUGUACGUAUUGGACGCAAAGCCAUAUCACGACAGCAGCAGGAGCAACUGCGAAAGGCUCACGCCUUGAAAAUGAAACGCAUUCGCAGUGAUAGGAAUCUAUUUUUCAUUUGGAUCCCCCUUUUGAUCAUUGUUAUUUUUGCCAUGCUGCAGAACAUUUUCCCGAGUUUCUGGCAAGGUGCUUCGCAGGGAUACCAUUUCUUGAAGACCCGCUACGCUACGGGCCGGGUGGAAGCUAUCCCUACGUAACUUUACUUCAACUUCUUCUCAAAUAUUCCUACAGGGUCUUUCUUUCAAAGCGUAAUUAUUUUCCUUUUUUGUUUUCAUUCCUUCGGGUCAGACGGGACUUAUUGGAA